CUGCACUACGGGACCCUCCUGGGCAGCAAAGCUUGUGCCCACAUGGCAGCAGCUGCCUGGGCCAGUGCCUUCCUCUAUUCACUGCUGCACACAGCCAAUACAUUUUCCCUGCCCCUGUGCCAUGGCAAUGCCCUGGGCCAGUUCUUCUGUGAAAUCCCGCAGAUCCUCAAGCUCUCAUGCUCCAAAUCCUACCUCAGGGAAUUUUGGCUCAUUGUUUUUUCCAUUUCUUUACUAUUUGGUUGUUUUGUGUUCAUUGUUGCUACCUAUGUGCAGAUCUUCAGGGCUGUGCUGAGGAUCCCCUCUGAGCAGGGACGGCACAAAGCCUUUUCCACCUGCCUCCCUCACCUGGCUGUGGUCUCCCUGUUUCUCAGCACUGGGUUUUUUGCCUACCUGAAGCCCCCCUCCAUGUCCUCCCCAUCCCUGGAUCUGGCCCUGUCAGUUCUGUACUCGGUGGUGCCUCCA